AUGUCUUCCAGCAAGGUUCCCCCACAAGGCAUCUGGGCCCCGGCCGUGACCCUCUUCAACCCCGAGACAGACGAGCUCGACCUCGAAGCCCAAGCAAAGUACUACUCCUACCUGUCCAAGACGGGCCUCGCAGGCCUCGUCAUCCUCGGCACAAACGCCGAGCAAUUCCUCCUCACCCGCGAAGAGCGCAAGGCCCUCAUCGCCACCGCCCGCAAGGCCACCGGCCCCGAUUUCCCCAUCAUGGCCGGCUGCGGCAUGCACUCCACAAAGCAGGUCCUCGAGCUCCUCUCCGACGCAAAAGAAGCCGGCGCCGACUCGGCCCUCGUCCUGCCCCCGGCCUACUUCGGAAAGCAGACCACCCCGCAGGUCAUUGACCGGUUCUUCAACACCGUCGCCGAGAAGACCCCGCUGCCUAUUGUCAUUUACAACUUCCCCCUCGUCUGCAACGGCAUUGACCUCGACAGUGGCACCAUCGCCAAGCUCGCAAAGAAGCACGACUCCAUCGUCGGCGUCAAACUCACCUGCGGCGCCGUCGCCAAGAUCGUCCGCCUCGCCGCCGAGCUCCCCGCCGAGAAGUUCGCCACCUACGGAGGCCAGUCCGAUUUCCUCCUCGGCGGCCUCACUUCCGGCAGCGCGGGCUGCAUCGCGGCUUUCGCCAACGUCUUCCCCCGCGUCACAGUGCAGAUUUACAAGCUGCACAACGAGGGCAAGCUCAAGGAGGCGGUCGAGCUGCACCAAAAGGCCGCCCUUGCGGAGCAGGCGACCAAGGCGGGCAUCGCGACCAUCAAGUACGCUGCCUCCGUGUACACGGCGCCGCGGGCUGGAUUGAAGGGCCAGGAGAAGCUCUUCGCGCCGCGGAGCCCGUAUGUUGAGGCCAGCGAGGACCAGAAGAAGACUGUGCACGCUUUGAUGGAUGAGCUGAAUAAGCUUGAGGAAGAGCUUGCUGGUUCCAGCUGA